AUGGCGACGACUACUCCCACUAUCGCGACCCACAGCGGGGAAAAGCGCCAACGAGUCCGCGACCUCCUUCCCAACCUCCACCUCGGCCGUUUCCAGCCCGGCCCUCUGAACUCACUCACCGACGUUCCCGGCGUUCUGGUCCACACCGAGUCGAUCCAUCGCCCGGCCACGGGAACCGCGGGCGAAGUGAACACGGGCGUGACCACCAUCCUUCCACGCAAAACCUUCCACCAUGACGGCUCCUACGCCGGCCUCUUCCGCUUCAACGGCGCCGGCGAGUUGACGGGCAGCCACUCGAUUGAGGAGACUGGGCUGUUGAACUCCCCCAUCAUCCUGACCAAUACCUUCGCCAUCGGGGCUGCUCACCAAGGGGUGUACGAGUAUGGCAUCCGUAAUUAUUCGGAUGAACGGGGCCGUGUCGACUGGUUCACUCUACCCGUCGUCGCUGAGACCUUCGACGGCUUUUUGAAUGAUAUCAGCCAAUUUGUCGUCACGCCCCAGCACAUCGUGCGCGGCAUCGAAAACGCUACUGCGGAAGCUGUGCCUGAGGGAAACACCGGCGGCGGAACAGGCAUGAUCUGUCACUGGUUCAAGGGGGGCACAGGCACGAGCAGCCGCGUGGUGCCUGGGUUCGACCGCUACGACGCCGAGGCCCGCAAGAACACGUCCUACACCGUCAGCGCGCUGGUUCAAGCCAACUACGGCCGGCCCGACGCCCUGCGUAUCGGCGGGGUACCCAUUGGUCGGUUACUUAAGGAAGAGGAUGAGAAAAUCAAGCAGGGUAAACCGGAAACGCAAGCAGAGACAGAAGCAACCGAACCAAUCACCCAUGACCCGGCCCUAGAAUCCGAAAAGAACCGUAAAGACGGCAGCAUCAUCGUAGUUAUCGCCACUGACGCGCCCUUGCACCCGCUCCAACUCCAACGCCUCGCCAAGCGCGCCACAUCGGGCCUGUCCCGGGUCGGCGGCGUCGGCCACAACUUGUCUGGCGACAUCUUCCUGGCCUUCUCCACGGCUAACUCCAUCCCUGUUCAAGAAUCGGAGUCAGUGGAUGUGUGGCGGCCCACGCCUGUGGAGGGUGUGAGGGUAUUGGAUGAUUUGACUAUCAACUCGCUGUUUGAGGCCGUGGCGGAUGCUACGGAGGAGGCGAUUUACAAUGCGCUGUGCAUGGCUGAGCGGAUGCAGGGGUUGGACGGACGGACGGUCGAAGCGUUGCCAUUGGGGAGGGUAAAGAAGGUUAUGGAGAAGUUUUUGUGA